AUGCUGGGGUUGCAAACGACCGACCUCACUUUCCCAGACGGCACGUCGAGAGACUUCGCUUUUCAGUCAUUCGAUGCCAACCUGCCAGCCACUGCCGAGCUUCGGGCGACGGUUGAGGGCUUCCAAGGACGCCUCGAUUGCGAGCCGGCUCAAACAACUCUCAGCAGCGUUCAGCUGCUGCAAGGAUCGACGACACGACUUGACGUCACGGUUGCGGCACCAUCCUGCAGGACAACACAGAGCAUCAUGAACAACCUUCUCUCGAGCAAUGCCUCAGCGCUGACACCCCGGGUGUUCAUGGCUUUCCAAGGGGGUGACUGCGGCAGCACACAGGCAAACGACGACCAGCGGUUUGUCAUCAUGGUGGGCACCGUUACCAUAGAUCCGGCGUCGUUCCCUCGCAAUCCCAACGCAAGGGAUGUUCCCCUGCGAGGCGCCCUGCCGCAGUCGGCUGCGGUGAUCUGUCGACCUACAUAUGAUCUUGGGCCGGUGGAGGUGGUGAAAAAUGGGACAGAUUUGCUUUCAAUCAGACGACUCAACAGCACGCAACCUCGGACUCUCAAUACCAUUCAUCCGUGGGACUUUGCCCGGGCACAAUUCGAAUUAUACGACGAAGCAACACUGAACGGCUCUGUUCGUGCCACCGACAAAUACUACGACAACCCCGACCAAGUCGUCAUUGAUUCGGAUGGCAUCAUCGACGUCAUGAUGGCCAUGGAGGUCAAGGCGAAUGGGGUGCCGCAGCUAGGAAAUUUUCUGGACACUGCAACCCUUGAUCGUCUAGCAUCUGCAUACUGGACGCAGUUUUCGGCACUCCUCGCGAGGAAUGAGAUUAUGGCCGGGGCUAGGCAGCAAACUGUCGGCAGAGCAGUGCUCGUAGGGGAGCGACUGCUGGUUCGUACUGUGCCCACACACCUCAUGGCCGCCCUUUUUGGCGUCAUUGUCCUUGUGUGCCUGCUGGCCGUCGACAUGGUACCCAGACUCGGAUUUCUGCCCCGAGAUCCCAGCACAAUUCUGGACAUGGCGACUUUACUGGCACACAGCCGACCGCUGCUGCAGUGCCUACGAGGAACCGGCGCCGCUGAUGAGACCACCAUUCACGAUCGACUUGAAGGGUCGACCUACCGCCUCGGCGUGGAGCCUUAUGAGAAGACGACGAGCACCAGCUCUGGGUAUUUCAAGAUCUUGGGCGGGUUUCCUCCACCACUGGAUGCACCGCUGUACUUUCAGCACACCGGGCAAUGGAAACGGCCCUUGUCAUUACAGCUUUGGACAAGAGGAGCUGUGAUUGCCGUGCUUGGCGGCAUGAUCGCGAGCUUGGAAGUGGCCUUGCGAGCAUCUCGUCGUAACCAGGGCAUCGCAGGCGUCAGCGACAUCGAUUACCUGCAUUUCCUGUGGACGUCAGGUCCCGCCCUGCUGCUGCUGGGCCUCGCUCUUUACCACAGCGCUGCCGACUUUGCCACUCGAAGCCUGGCGCCAUUUGCAAAGCUCAGGGGCGGCGGUGAGCUGAGUACUACCGUGGGUCUUGACUUUCUCAACAAAUCGAAGCCUCGCGUCAUCUGGUCUGCGCUGCGAACCGGCAACCCUUCUGUGCUCAUCACGAGCAUCACGGCUUUCUUCGCUACGCUGGUCGUCAUCUUUUCUGGUGCCCUCUUCACACCGGUGCCAAUGUGGGACGCUCGGAAUGUUGUCCUCCAGAGUGCAGACUUUUUUGCCAACACGACUGUCCUUCCUGCAGGGCUUGACCCUGACUCUUUGCCACCCGCCGAUAGUGACGCGGUGCUGUCAUCCCUGAUUCUGAACGCUAAUGCCUCGUUUCCUGCCUUCACGUUCAACGACUUGAACUUUCCGGCAAUGCAGCUGCAGGGUGCGUUACCCAACGAUUACCGCGAGCUUCAGGACAUUGCUAUCGAAGCAACCAUUCCAGCACUUCGGCCUAACCUGCAGUGCCGUCUGUACCCGCAGUCCGAGAUAUCGACCAACAUGACAAUCGACAACCUCUUCAUCAACGUCGACGCGGAGCCUUGCCGGGUGGGCAACUCUGGACAGCAAACAAGCAACGCCCAGUUCCCGGCGAUUCCAGGGGCUUCCGGUCCGACGGCCCUCUUUGGUCGAGCUACGUCCCGUCGAGACAACCGUGCGCAAUGCUCUGACUUUCUUUACAUCUGGGGGCAACUCGAUAACCCCAGCUCGCCAUCAUCGACUGUGUCGUCUGUAUCCGCCAUGGGAUGCAACGAAACGCUCGAGACAGUGGCUGUGUUGACGACGCUGCGUGGUCCAUCGCUUCGGAUCGAUCCGACGAUACCACCGCGUGUCACAGGCGCGACGGCUACACCAAAUGCUGUGGCGCUACCGGUGUUGCAGUACAGUCGCCUCGCUAAUCUGACCGCUACGGGGGGUAAUCUGCUUGAUCCUUUUUUCUCUGCCCUGACCUCGUCAGACGUUGCAGUUCCGGCGGCAGCCCUGAGUGACACAGGUCUCGAUACAGCCGGCCGCGUAGCAGACGCCGUUGUCGCGCAGCACAAGAUGAUCCGGGCACAAAACCUCAACCUCAAUAUCCGACGCUCGCUCUCUGCGCAAGGGAACUUUCCUUUUGGGGGAACGGCGUCACCCAUUGGCACGGGGCGGUGA